AUGUCCGCACAAGAGGUAUCGGAUAUCGAUCAAGUACUCCAUCAAUUACAAAAAUCAGUGGACGCUGGUGCACGUUCCGUCAACAGUAAACUAUUGAAACAGUUACAACAAGCGUUGGAUGAAGUUGACAAUCAUAAGAUUAAACGUUCAAUUUCUUUUAUCUUGGAUGUUGUGAAAGAUGGUAAAUCACAGGCUUGGUUGUGGCAAGUGGCCCGAGUGGUACGUUUAUGCUUACUUAGACAUUUGAAGGAAAGACGAUUGGAUGAACCAACGGUGAAAUGUUAUCGAUCACUAUGCGAAGAAAUUGCGAUAGUCUUUGGUAUUUUAGAUUCCAAUAUAGGUUACCAUAAAUCCCGACAAUUAUCAAUCAUGCCGCCUUACCUCUUAUACUAUGAGUUACGAAUUAUUGAGCAACAGUUGGCUGAUUGCAUCGAUGAACAAUCCGACUUGGUUUUUGCACCUUUCAAUCCAAUUUAUAUUAGUGUCCAAGACUUAAUCAAUUGUUAUGAUAACAACGAAGAUCCAAAUGGUGUCCAAAUGGAUCAAAUACGACCAAGACAGAAUAAAUUUCAAGAUAUUUUAUGGGAGUUGUGUGGUUUUCGAAAUAACAACCCCUUCGAUUUACGUAUCUACCUCACUUUAGAUCUUCUUUCUACUCUCCUGCUACAAUGUGAACAUAAUCAGACUAUUAUACAAAAAAUUGCUUACCUUAAAAUUAAUUAUAAUGCUUUUGCAGUGGACGAAAAUCAAUUUACCUAUGGUUUACAGGAUUACUUGAAUCAGUUAUUAAACGACGUGGAUAAUACUGAUCGUCACAAUGCUAACUAUAAUCCUCAAAGGCUCAUUGUUAAAUAUGUCGAAGAUGCUACUAAAUUAUUACGCCUCAACGAUCAAUUAUCUCCUUCUAUUUCAGCCAGUUUACGAGCUGAUCUAAAACUAGUCUUAACCAAAGCGUCUACGCCCUAUUUAAAUCGUGCACUCAGUCAUCUUGAUUUAGAAACAGAAGAGAACCUCAAUGCAAACACAAGUAAUAAUAACCUCGAUCAAAUCGAUGGUAACAUCAACAACGAACUGUUAGUACUCUCCUUGCCCAAUUUACCUCAACCUUGUAUAGGACGAAAGGAAGAACUUAGCUUAAUCGAUCAGCAAAUAUCUCAAACGGAUAAAUGGUCCAUUUCACAGGUCGCAAUUACCGGCUUAGGCGGUGCAGGGAAAACCUAUGUUGCUCUUCAGUAUGCUCGUACGUGCCUUGAAAGGCAACGUUACAAUAUUGUCUAUUGGAUCCAUUCGGAAACUGUAUUAUCACUACAAAGUAGCCUAAUAAGUUUGACCUAUGAAAUGGCUAGCAAGUUAUCUCUAGAUCAAGAUCGAUCUAUUAAGGCUUUGUGUGAAGAAGUUAACAAUGAUCCUCAAGGGCGACCCAUUUUAUCAUCGUAUAUGAAUAACCAGAUAUUAACGGCCAUAGGUUCUAACGAUCGUGUUCAAAAUAUCAUUAGUAAAUGCCGUCAGGUAAUACAACAUUCACGCCAACUCAACUUUCUAUUAAUCUAUGACAAUGCCGACAAUAUUGAAAUGGUUUCUAGUUAUAUACCGUCUUGUGGUAACUGUCAUAUUAUAAUAACAUCUAGAAAUAGGAACUGGCCUAAUGCUAUUGACAUUGGCCCCUUCGAUAGGCCAACAUCGAUUUGCUAUUUAUCCAACGAAUUAACUAAGAGCGCCAUAUACCAACAUCAUCCUUUAGAUGAAGACCUGUUGGAUAAAUUAUCUGAUCAGUUAGGCGAUUUACCAUUAGCGUUAUCGCAUGCAACUAGAUAUAUCAUUCAAAAUAAAUACACGAUCGAAAAAUAUAUGGAUUCAUUUGAAAAAGAGCGUAGCCAACUAUGGCAUAUUAAAUAUGCUCCAGAUGAGUACAAACAGUACGGGCAAUCAGAGCAAGAACAUUCGCAAGAACAUUCGCAAGUAAUCGCCCAAAAGAAGACUAUCAGGACAACCUGGACUAUAUCUAUGGAUUCAUUGCGUAAGAACGAAGAAAUGUGCUAUUAUAUCAUGCAAUAUCUUGCAUAUUUACGGCCGGAUAAUAUUCCCAAGUGUUUAAUUAUUGAUUUAACGAAUUUUAUCAGGAACAGUUGGUAUUGGUAUUUUCGUGAAUUGUUACGUAAAGUUAAUUUUAAUAGUAAGAAGGACAAAGAAAAUGUUCAACAUUAUAUUGACAUAUUAGUAGACUAUUCAUUUUUAUAUGCCUACGAUGACAAUUAUUCUAUUCAUCGAUUAUUACAACAGACUUUGCGCGAUAAGAAUAAAGUUGAAAAGCGACAUAGUAAAAUUUUAUAUACGCUAUUGUCGUUUUUUGAUAGUCAAGCUGAAAUAGGGGUCGACUUGUCGAUGCAUGCAUACCAAUGCUGCAAAUACACUACUAAAGAUACCAAGUUAUCAGCUGUACGGUCAAGUGUUCUUAAAAAAGUUAAACUUGCAGUCAAGUCUAACCCUUCCGAUGCAGAAAUUGCUGGUGAUCUUGAAUUUGAUUUAAUAACUAAUAUCGAACGAAUGAGCGAUGAAUUCAAUAACAAAUAUUCCAGUAAGGAUGAAACAACAUCGAAAAGGAUCUUUGGCAACUUAAGCCCAUAUAUGACAACAACAAUGUUGUUACCGCCAUUAACCUUAAUAUGCGUGUUGAUCAUAUUUAAAAGGGCGUAG